UUCCUUGAGAAACCUCAUAGCGAAUGCAUCUCGAGUCACUCUCUUGCGUGUUGAGAAAACCCAGUUUUUCAAAGACCAAAGAGAAAUCAGUCCAGUCAACGCUUAAAGAAGCUUUGUGUUGAAAACCAACCAACAAAUCUUUUAACUACAGAAUCUGUCAGAAGACGUUCAUCCGUGGAGAAUAGCUGCCGUCGGGAAGAAACGCUGAAAUUUACCAGCUGUUCAUCCAACGACAGCAAACCAGGUGAGUUGAACUCUGCACACUUUGGAAGAUUUUCCUCUUCUGAAGAGUGAGCCGAAAACGAAACCUCAUUUACUUUCUAAACCAAUCGGGUCGAAGCGGCAACAUGUCGACCAGAUCUAAAGCAGAGAAUACCAGGAAAGUUACAUUUGGGCCAGCGUCUUCCCCAAAACCUGAAGACGCAAGAAAACAUCCAAUGUCAGCUGCACCGGUCCACCAACAUGAGGACGACCGGGAGAAAAAGGCUUUAAGACAUGAAGUGAUGAGGUUGACUCAGAUUAUAGAAAAGCAGCAAACUGAGCAUGAAGACGACGUUGCUGUUCUGUAUGAUGAGCGGAUUAAGACAAACAAAGGCCGUCGAGAUGCCAUCAGAAGGGCCGAUCAGCUGAAAGUAUCUCUGAUCGCAGAAGAGAACAAAACAAAAGAUAUUGGGAUCUGUUCGGCCAAGAAGAUGGAGGAAAUCUCUAAAUUACAAGCUGCUCUGGUCAAAAUGGAGAGCAAUUUGGAAGAGCAAAAACGGCAGUGGGAGCAGGAAAAACUUUGUAUUCUGACCAAUAACCAACGAACAUCUGAGGCGGAACAGCUGAAAUAUCAGCUGCAGGAGCAGACAGUUAAGCAUGAAGAUCAGGUUGCUACCAUGUAUAACGAGCUGAUCAGGAAGAACAAGGAGCAUCAAGAUGCCAUCAAAAGGACAGAACAGUUGAAGGAAGACCUGACUGAAGAGAAAAACAGAGCAAAAGACGCUGAGGACUGCUUAGCCCAGCAAAAAGAAGAAACAUCUAACCUACAGGCUGCUUUGGUCCUCAUGGAGAGAACUUUGGAGGACCAGCAACGGCAGCGGGAGCAGGAAAAAUCCCAUCUUCUGACCAAACGACAAGAAAGAGAUGAGCUGGAGCGGCUGGUGAAGCAGUUAGAGUCACAGAAAGCUCAGGCAGAGCAGGAGAUAGCUGCUCUGCGUUUGGAGCAGCAGAAAAAGAACCAAAGUCAUCAAGUCGCUGCAAGAAAAGUCAUUGAACUGGAAAUAGCUGUGGUUGCUCAGAGAACCAGAACAAAAGAGGCUGAGAGCUGCUUGGCUGAGCAAGUGAAGGAAAGCUGUGAAAUGCAGGCUGCUUUGGUCAAAAUCGAGCAAGACAUGGAGAACCAAAGACAGCUCUGGGCGCAGGAAAAGUCCAGGCUUCUGACAGAGCAGCAGAAAGCUGUUAGAAAAGUGGAAGCAGCUAGGAAACACGUUCUGGAGGUUCUGCAUAAUGAAAGGCAGGAGUGGCAAACAGAGAAGUCCUGCCUUGUAGAGAUCGUUGCAACAACAAAGGAGCUUCUGAAAGAGGCAGAAGUGAAGAAAAACGUCAACACAGAACCUGAUAGAGAAACUGAAAAACCUGCAACGGGAGAUGGACAAAUUACAGCACAGCAAACCCAAAAAGAAAUCUUUCAUGAGAAAGAUUGCCAAGGUCUUUAAAAAUUCUAAAAAGGCUCCAUCUCAGUCUGAAAACUGAUCACUGCUGUACCUCAAACUGACAAAAAUACUUUCUGAACCCCAACCUUAACUUUUAGCCCCUUACCUUAACCCCCUUUUGAAAAUGUCAACCAUCGCAAAAUGUCAAGCAUUCCUCGGCACAAAAUUUUCUUGCAAAUGAAAAAGUUCUGGCUCCUUACCAGGGUAACUAGUUUUACCCUGGUGAGUGGAGUGGGGCAGCACGGUGGCGCAGUUGUUAGCACUGUUGCCUUGCAGCAAGAGCUCUGGCUCCAUGGAGUUUGGACCUUCUGCCCGUGCAUGCGUGGAUUCUCUCCGGGUGCUCCGGCUUCCUCCCACAGUCUACAAAAAUGUGCUUUUUAGAUUAAUUGGUCUCUGUAAAUUGAUCUUGUGCCUGUAUGGUUGUUUAUCCCCUGUCUGUGUCGCCCUAUGGUUUUACUAGAGACAUGUCCAGGUUAUUCCCCACCCCUUCUGACCCUUUCUUUGUCUUUUCCAUUUAGUCCUCCUCCUAAAUUAUAUAAAUUAAUAAUAAAAAAUAAAAUAAAAAAAUUAUAUAAAAAAAAUUUAAAUAAUAAAUAAAUAAAAACAGACAUAUUAAUCCAGCCACAAGGGUCCAGAGUCCUU